CGUUCGCAUCCACAAUGUCCGCAGAUUGCUGAUCAAUUGGGUGAAGCUUGUAGGCCAUGUGAAGAUCGGUAGAAGACAUUUCACAGAAUCAGUUAAUAAAUAACAUUUAAGCCAUGAAGAUGUAUAUGGGAUAUAUUCUGCUUUCAAUCUUAGUUGUUUUCAGCUCAUGUGCAGAAUCCUUUAAUUAUACAAGCUGUGACCAGGCGAAGCAACCAAAGUUUCUAAGCUCAUGUUGCGAUGUCCAAACCCACGACAAGGCUAUCAAAGCCUGUCGUAAAUCCUUGUUGGCCAAUAACACAAGCAAAACAAGUAAUGAGGAGACACUCAAUCUGAAAUCGGAUAAAGUGGCUCUGCACGCAUGCAUGGCGGAGUGCUCCUUCAAGACCAAUGGUUUUUUGCUGACCAAUGGCAGCGUCAACGUCGAGGUAUUACAGAAAAGUUACCAGGAACGCUACAUAGACGAUCAGAUCAUGUCAAAACUCAUGGUGAAGAACCUCAAAAGCUGUUCGGAUUACGCACUGAAACGAGCUGAGCAAUUCCAGUGGAUGCAUACAAAGGGCGAAUGCAACUACUAUCCUGCCAUUCUGCUGGCCUGCGUCAUGGAACAGGUUUACGUCAACUGUCCAGCGACCAAAUGGAAGAACACCAGCGAGUGCACAGCGAUGCGGAAAUAUUUGAUUGCCUGUGACGACGUCGAAAGCGACAGGAAAUAGUACCAAUUUUAAAUAACCAAAUAUACAGAUGCAGCAGAUGAA